AUGUCUCACUUCGCGACGGUGCCUGCAGGAGAUUCUCAGCGGAAUACCGUUACCUCUGAUUUGUACGAUCAACGCGAUCUUCAGGAAAAGGCGUUAGAAACAUGGGAGAAACAAAAACGCAUAUGGGCCGCUGUGCAGGAGAAGAUCCGCCGCCGCGUCGGCAACAACGGCCAGAUACGUGGAGCCUGCAUGAACAUGUCACAAGGGGCUUACCGGGCUCGUGUGCGUGAGGAAGAGGCUGCGGUGGUAAACAACGCGACCCCAUCUCACGUCUUUUCAGGGUAUUACACGUGGGAAAGUACGCUGCGUACCACCGAAGAUAACGGGGCCAUUCGAUAUGUCAAAGCGGGACAAACGAACUUUCCAUACGCGUUGUACGGGAAGCUAACGGACAAACGGCGUCUGGAUGUGGAGCACCCGACAAAUACCCGCGUCGUCUUCCCAGACGAGCAAAUUCUGAAUGAGGCGAGAAGCAGGGAGUUGCAGCGGCCAUCCACGGGCGCAUUCCCAGUCUCCUUCCGUGACUCGAGCUACUACAAAGAGAGGUUUAAGCAAUAUUACCCGCUGAUUGAACGGAAUAUGCCCCACUUAUUGUUACCGCGGGCCUAUUUGGAGGUGUGUGGCCAGCCACCCCCAUGGACGUCCAAGCCGGAGGAUAAGGUUGCGGCGGCGAGGAAAUCUGUGCCGGCUGUCGCGCACGUGCCGCCACUGUCACCCAAAGGGAAACAACAGCAAUUGCUGCAAAAAGAUCAGAAUGGACAAGGGAAGAGCUGCUCUCACAGUGUGGAGGAAACAGGCAGUAAGGGGGAGAGCAAAGAUGUCAACUUCACCGUGUCCACGGAGGAAACUGUUGCGGGGGCUCCGUCUUUGGAGAUUUCCACAUCACGUGUCCUCUUUUUUGCGCGACCAGGGGAACUUGCCCAUGGUACAGUGAAGAUUCAUAACAACGGCACGACGACGGUAUACUACAGUUGGGCACCGUUUCAACCGGCCACCGCCCUGGACGAAAAAAUUGGCAAUGAAAAGGUUGACAGUGAGGUGGAGAAGAAGGAGGAGGAAGAAGAGAAGAAAGGCCGCGAUGACACGAUUUAUGAAGAAAAGGCCGGGUUCUUCCCGUUGGAGACUUCGGAAGAAAAGGAGGAGGUGCCAGUGUCGGCAAGGAGCGGGGAGAAUGACAUUUACACGAAGGGGACUCCGCAGCCCUCGGUAUGGUCCAAUAAAAAAGGGGAAAGAAAGCCAAACCAACUGAACGUCUCUCUUCGCUCCCUGGCGAAGAAGUCGGCGCAAUCCAAAUCCUUUUUUUUUUUGUCCGCCCAGCUGGAUGGCGUUAUUCUGCCAGAUGAGGAAAAGACAUUUUCCUUUUCUGUACGAGCAGCAUUCCCUGGUUGCUUCCUAAGGUAUUACGAACUGCUUAUGGUCCCCGCUGCUUCCUUUCGCGUUAUUCUGGAGCUGCGUGCCUUUAUACAAGAUGGUGGGCCAACAGUUGAGACAAUCGCACGCCCUGUCGCGGCCGCACUCGAGGCCAAGGCCGUGGCUGAUACACAGCGUGAGUUAAUCAAUGCCUUGGCAGCGCACCCGCAUGUGUACGAGGCGGCUGAAAUUGCAAAGGCAACUCAGGAUUGUUUGGAUGCUGCCAAGGCCGCGAAAGAGGCUCAAGAUGCGCUGAUUGCAAAGUGGCGCAAGUUAUGGCACGACUCAACGUAUACCGCUAUGCGUAUCCCAUUCAAUAUUGCCGUCUACGGGCGGCUAACGGCUCUACAUCAAAAUCUUGCUCGAACGAU